GUCCCUUUGUUGAAGAGUCACGGAAUCACGAGUACUUCACAUCACGCAGUGGCGAGCCUUAUAAAAGCUCUGCAGCACGGGCUCACCUCAGCACUUCCAUCACCAUGAGGGCAACAGUGGCAGCUCUUCUCCUGUGUCUUGUGAUAUCAGCAUGCCGCAGCCAAGAGACUCCACCUGGCCCUCCUGGACCAACUGAAGGGCCACAACCAACUGGUCCACCAGGCCCACCAACCGGAGGUCCUGAUCCAACAGGUCAACCUACUGGAGGUCCUGAACCAACUGGCCCACCAGGCCCACCAACUGGAGGUCCUGAACCAACUGGAGAGCCCCAACCAACUGGAGGGCCACAACCAACUGGUGGGCCUGAACCAACUGGGGGGCCUCAACCAACUGGUGAACCUCAGCCUACUGGAGGUCCUCAACCUACUGCACCACCAGGGCCGCUAGGCCGUUUUUAGCCUGGUGUUUUCUAGUGAUACAAGAUUAUCGCACCUGGAAACGUUAAAAGAUAUCAGCUUCUACUUUUGUAGUUGACUUUAACUGCAUUAAUUGAUGGAAGUGUUCUUAUGUGUCCAAAAAAUCAAUUCUGAUUAAACCAGCAAUGAAAAAGCUUUA